AAUCUCUUUACCUCUCUCUCUAAACCAAACCAAAAAAAAAAAUAUCUCCAUCUUUCUCUCUCUAUAUUUUUAACGAUCUUACUCCUUUCGUUCAUCUUGUGAUCUUCUUUCUUCUAUUUAUGGACAGAGGUUGGUCUGGUCUCACUCUUGAUUCAUCUUCUCUUGAUCUCAUAAACCCUAACCGUUUCAAGAAUAAUAAUAAUAAUCACCGACACUUCUUGAACCCAUUGACCAUGUCUAGAAACGGCGACGACAAUGAUCAAAAGAUAAAAACCUCCACCGACAGAAGUGAUUUAAGGUUCCCGGUGAGUCUCUCCGGUAUUCGUGACCGUGAAGAUGAUGAUUCUUCUAGUGGACUCGCUUUAGAAAACGACCGUGAAGUUCCCGGUGAAGUGGAUUUUUUCUCCGACAAGAAGUCUAGGGUUUGUCGUGACGUUGACGAGGAUGGAUUUCGGGUUAAGAAGGAGGAACAAGAUGAUCGAAUGGACGUAAAUACCGGUUUGAAUCUUCGAACCACGGUUAAUGCCGGGAGCGAUCAGUCAGUGAUGAUGGACGAUGGAGAAUCUUCACAAAUGGAAGAUAAGCGUGCAAAAAAUGAGUUGGUCAAGUUACAAGAUGAGCUGAAGAAAAUAACCAUGGAGAAUCAAAAGCUAAAAGAAUUGCUUGCACAAGUGAGCAACAAUUACACUUCACUCCAAAUGCAUCUUGUUUCACUAAUGCAACAGCAGCACCAACAACAUAAUCAGGCAAUAGAGGCUGCUGGAAAGCCUGAGGAGACGAUAGUACCGAGGCAAUUUAUUGAUCUAGGCCCUUCGAGAGCAGCAGGCGAGGCAGAGGAUGUGUCAAAUUCAUCAUCGGAAGAUAGGCGUAAUAACGAGGUUAGGGACGGAAAGAGGCUUGGACGUGAAGAAAGCCCCGAAACUGAGUCUAACAAAGUUCAAAAAGUGAAUAACAGUAGUCCAACGAGGUUUGAUCAAUCCACAGAAGCUACAAUGAGGAAAGCCCGCGUCUCGGUCCGAGCCCGAUCAGAAGCUACUAUGAUAAGCGAUGGAUGUCAAUGGAGAAAGUACGGCCAGAAAAUGGCAAAAGGCAAUCCUUGUCCGCGGGCUUAUUACCGUUGUACAAUGGCCACGGGUUGUCCCGUUCGCAAACAAGUCCAACGUUGUGCGGAAGACAGAUCGAUUCUAAUAACAACCUACGAGGGAAACCACAACCAUCCCUUGCCACCAGCUGCAGUGGCGAUGGCUUCCACAACCACGGCUGCGGCUAACAUGUUGCUGUCCGGGUCAAUGUCUAGUCACGACGGGAUGAUGAACCCUACCAAUUUACUAGCCAGGGCUGUUCUUCCUUGCUCCACAAGCAUGGCUACAAUUUCAGCCUCGGCGCCGUUCCCUACAGUCACAUUAGACCUCACUCACACACCUCCCCUUCCUAAUGGUUCCUCUCCUUCCACAGCCGCCGCUACCAAUAACCACAACACAUUGAUGCAGCGGUCACAACAACAAAUGACGAAUUUACCUCCGAAUAUGUUACCUCAUGUAAUAGGUCAGGCAUUGUAUAACCAAUCCAAAUUCUCGGGGUUGCAGUUUUCUGGUGGCUCUACGUCGGCAGCACAGUCACAUGCGGUGGCUGAUACAAUAACAGCAUUAACUGCUGACCCAAAUUUUACGGCAGCUCUUGCAGCCGUUAUUUCGUCUAUGAUCAGUGGCUCGAACAACCAUGACGGCGAAGGAAACAACAAAAACCAAUAGAAGAAACAUAUACUAUAUACUACAUACAAUUUUUUUUUUGUUUUAUUAUUUACAUUUUCAAUUUCUUUUCAACUGGUUUAUAGGAACAGUGAGUUUAUUUCAUUGAUUCACAUUUGUUCUGUUUCACACAAUACUUCCGUAAAUAUACAAAAUAUUUUAGUUUUGAAUAAUAC